AUGAGCUCAAUAGGUGGUGCGAGCAUUGGUAUAGGUCUCUAUGCUGUGGUAAGCAAUCCAGCCCAGAUUGCUGCUAAGCCUGAGGAAGCGGAUGAAAAGAAGCAUCAUUUAAAAGGCGGGAAAGGGUUUACGAAUCCGUGGGACAGCUAUGUUGAAAUAAGUCCUUGGGAGCUGCUGGUCAAGGGUAUGAUAUGGCGCAAAAUUACAGGUCAAGCCAAUAGCCCAGACACAUCGCCUCCAACAGUACCAGUCCGCACACCGGAAUUUCUUCCCUCACGAAAAACGCCGAAAUUACGUGCAACAUGGCUUGGUCACGCAUGCUAUUACAUCGAGUUCCCAAGCGGCUUCCGCGUCCUUUUUGAUCCUGUCUUCGAAGAUUGUUGCGCGCCCAUCACUAUGAAGAACCUAAAACGCUUCACGCCUCCUCCCUGCGAGAUUGAAGAUCUGCCAAUCGUCGACGCAGUAGUCAUAAGCCACAACCACUAUGACCAUCUCAGCUACCCGACAAUUCAGCGCCUACAAAAGAAGUUCCCUGAGGCACAUUUCUUCGCACCAUUGGGCAACAAGAAGUGGUUUGAGAAGAGCGGAAUUACAAAAGUUACAGAGUUGGAUUGGUGGGAGAGCAGGGAUGUUACAUUGGAGGAGUUGUCGCAAAAGGGCAAUAAGGCAGGUUCUGUUUCUGUGGGUUCCCACGACAUGGGGGGAAAUGGUGACAUAAAGGCAACGAUUGGUGCGCUGCCUUGCCAGCAUAUCAGUGCAAGGACACCGUUUGACAAGGCCAAGACGCUCUGGGCGAGUUGGAGUGUGGAAUCUGGUGGUGCGAAAGUUUACUUUGCUGGCGACACAGGCUACCGCACAGUGCCUUCCAGCAUUCCCGCCACCGAAGAUGACUACUCUGCUGCCUACUCUCAUCUACCCACAUGCCCGGCCUUUUCUCAAAUCGGUCAGCAUCGCGGCCCCUUCGACCUUGGUCUAAUUCCCAUUGGCGCAUAUGAACCUCGCUGGAUGUUCAGUAAUGUACAUGCUAGUCCCAAAGAUGCUGUCAAUAUAUUUGCGGACACUAAAUGUAAGAGGGCGUUGGGAAUGCAUUGGGGUACGUGGGUGUUGACCGAAGAAGAGGUCAUGGCACCACCGAAGAAAUUGCAGGAGGCUUGUGAAUGGAAGGGUAUAAAGGGGGGCAAAGAAGGCUUCGGAAUUUGCGAUAUUGGUGAAAGCACUGAGUUUGAUUCUGGAGAUGAAGCAAAGAGGUAA